AUGGAGGAAGAAGAUCCUUUGUUCUAUCCAUUUGCUUCACAUUUGGACUGGAAGGUGGUGUGUUGGGCAGUGCAAGAAGGUAUAGGACACAAGGCUUUUGACAGAUUAUUGGCCAUUCCAGGGGUUAGAGAACAUCUAGGGCUUCAGUAUCACAAUAUCAGAUCACUCCAUCAAACUAUAGACAGUAUCCCAGCUUGGGCUAAAUGGCAGUCAACCCAUCUUUCCUUCCAUGAUAAGCCUCAACAUAAGCAUGAGCUACACUAUAGAAACCCUUUAGAUGCUAUCCAAGCAUUAUUGGGUAAUCCUGCACAUGCUAGGGAUAUAGUUUACAAACCAUCAACUAUAUUCAGCGACUCUACACAUUCAACUAGGAUCUAUAAUGAAAUGUGGAGUGGAAGAUGGUGGCAUGCUGUUCAGGGUGCAUAUGUAGCACUUGUCAUUAUUGCCUCCAACAAAACACAGCUUACUCGCUACUUAUCAGUGGAUAAAGUGUUAAAGGAGGAGCUGUCUGUCAAAGAAGCAUCUUCUAGAACUCAAAGGCUUUUCCAUGAAUCCCUAUGCAUCAUUUUGGAGCCAUUAAAGGAGGCAGGAAGGACUGGAGUAGAGAUUACAGGAGGGGAUGGCUUAGUCCGCCUAGUUUUUCCCAUUAUAGCUUACUAUGUAGCAGACUAUCCAGAGCAAUUCUUGGCUAUGUGUUCCAAGUAUGGGACUUGUCCUAAGUGCAAAGCUAGAGCGGACCAGUUAGCAGAAGUUCAACAAUUUGCCCAUCGCACACAGUCAUGGACAACCUCUGUCAUCAAUGAAGCCAAUACCAAUACAAAUUCUAAUGCAGCUUUCUGUCAGCACUGCAUGGCACAAGACAUUGCAGGAGGUGUCUUUGAGCUAUUCUGGCUUGAUUUUCCUCUUUGUAAUAUCCACCUGGCAAUAACAUCUGAUAAUGGUUGGUCCGGUAUGGGUCAAAUAGGAGGCAAGGAGAGAAAACAUAUGGCUAGAGUGCUAUUAGGUUGUCUUAUUGGCAAGGUUCCAGGAGAUGUUAUCCAGGCUUAUUGUUCCCUCCUGGAUUUCAUAUAUCUGGCUCAUUAUCCCACUCAUGACGACACCACUCUCCAAUAUAUGCAAAAGGCUCUAGAGGACUUCCACCAACACAAGGAGGUUAUUAUCAAUCUUGGAGUCAGAGAAGACCUAGACAUCCCCAAAUUCCACUCUCUGCAACAUUAUUUGGAGAACAUCAAAAACUUUGGUACCACCGACAACUAUAAUAUAGAGAUGUUUGAGAGAAAUGAGAAGCCUCAGAUGAUAGCAUGGCUAACUAGAAGGGAAAAGGUUUCCUCCUUUCAGAGUUAUCUGAAAAUGUCUAUGGAGGAUGAGGAGGAGGAGUUUGCGCACUCUAUGUUUGGAGAUCAAAGACUUCUCUUAACCAAGAGACCUCAUCAAGCUAGAUGUCACAUUUUGAAUGUCAUUCAAGAUCAUAACUGUCAAGGCUUCAAGAAAGAUCUUAUUUCCUAUCUCAAUUCACAGCUUCCUGAUCCACACUCAAGAGGACAACUGUGA